AUUAUUCCUUACAAAAAUUUGAGAAUAUUGGGUGAAAAAGCUUCUGGUUCCCGUGCAAGAGAUGUCCAGGAUUUCUACAAAUUGCGUGAACAAUGUCUCAACAGUGGAACUUUAUUCGAGGACCCCGAUUUUCCAGCAGAAGAUUCGUCCCUGUACUUCUCCAAACGACCUGAUAGACAUUUCCAAUGGCUCCGACCAAUGGAGUUUACUGAUGAUCCUCAACUAUUUGUGGAAGGUUAUUCCCGUUUCGACGUCCAACAAGGAGAACUGGGAGAUUGUUGGCUCCUGGCUGCUGUUGCCAAUUUGACUCUGGACUCCAAAUUGUUCUUCCGUAUUGUACCUGAUGAUCAAGGCUUUACUGACCAGUAUGCUGGUAUAUUUCAUUUUAGAUUUUGGCAGUAUGGACGAUGGAUCGAUGUCGUCAUAGACGACAGACUGCCUACUUACAGAGGCGAAUUAGUAUUCUUGCACUCCACCGAGAAAAAUGAAUUUUGGAGCGCCUUGCUCGAAAAAGCUUACGCCAAAUUGCAUGGUUCAUAUGAAGCUCUAAAAGGAGGUUCAACUUGUGAAGCCAUGGAAGAUUUCACAGGAGGUGUUACUGAAAUGUACGAGUUGAACGAAGCUCCUCCAAAUUUGUUCAAAAUUUUGCUAAAAGCCUAUGAGAGAAAUUCGUUGAUGGGAUGCAGCAUCGAGCCUGAUCCAAACGUACUAGAAGCAGAGACCUCAGAAGGUCUAAUUAAGGGUCACGCUUAUUCUGUGACCAGAGUCCAUUUUGUAGACAUUGAAACUCCAAAUUCUACCGGAAAAAUUCCUUUGUUGAGAUUGAGAAAUCCUUGGGGUAAUGAAGCUGAAUGGACUGGAGCUUGGAGUGACCAGUCUCCUGAAUGGCGUUUUAUUCCACCCCAUGUAAAAGAAGAAAUCGGUUUAACAUUUGAUAUGGAUGGUGAGUUCUGGAUGUCCUUCAGGGACUUCUCAUCAAGAUUUGAUAGAAUAGAGAUGUGCAACUUGAGCCCUGAUUCUCUCAGCGAGGAAAAGUUGAGCCAAGGCAAGAAAAAGUGGGAGACAUCCACAUUUGAAGGCGAAUGGGUACGUGGAGUCACAGCUGGUGGAUGCAGAAAUUAUUUAGAUACUUUCUGGCACAAUCCACAAUACACAAUCACUCUCGAAGAGCCUGACGAGGAGGACGAAGAAGGCAAAUGUACAGUCAUUAUAGCUCUUAUGCAGAAAAAUAGGAGGUCCAGAAGGAAUUUGGGAAUGGAAUGUUUGACAAUUGGAUUUGCAGUCUAUCAUUUGAGAGAUCCCAACCGUAUGCCAAGGCCGUUGGACAUCAACUUCUUCAAAUACAAUGCUUCAGUAGCUAGAUCGCAGUCAUUUAUUAAUUUAAGAGAAGUUUCCUGCCGUUUCAAAUUACCACCUGGUACUUACUGCAUUGUGCCUUCAACUUUCGAACCAAACGAGGAAGGAGAAUUUUUGUUGAGAGUAUUCUCUGAGAACAAAAAUCACAUGGAGUACGUAAAAUUAAUGGAUAUAUAUAUAUAUAUGGAAAAUGACGAGGAAGUCGGCGUCGGCGAAAUCGACGACAGGAUCGUGGUUCCUCAACCUGAACCAACACCUGACCAGCCCAGACCUGAUGACAGGUGUGUACCAGUUUUCCUUCGUCUUGCUGGUGAAGACCAGGAAGUCGACUGGAUGGAACUUAAGGAGAUUUGGAUUAUUCCAUGA